UACACUCGGGUUGCCAAACAAUCCGCUUUUUUAUUCCUAUAUGGUUUAGUACAGUUGUUUUAUCGCUCAUCCGUUUAGUUUACAUAAAUUAGCAAAUAAAGGAAAAUAUUAUUGUCAACAUUCUUUUUAAUUUUUCCACACAUUUUGUUUCACCUUUUUUGUAAAUCACUUUAAGAGAACAAAGGGAAUAGCGCUGGAGAAUGACGUCCUCUCAGGAAAAGUCAUCGGACCGCCUCGCUGUUUCCAGGCAACAAUAACACUGUCGUUGCCAGGUAGAUGUUUUUCAGAGGACAUUAUCAUACAUGUUAACCUAUUCAUGUGGUUCAAUUUAGAAUUGUUGUUCAAUAGUGAUCAAUUUUAUUAAGAGGCUCCAAUAAUCUGAAUCAGAUAUUGAGUCUAUUGGUCCGAAAGUAUAUUUAGUUUGGCUGAGAAAUCCAGCGAGGAUGAAGAACUACAGGGAACUUGUCAACGAAGUUACAAGGCUCCUGGAUGAGUUUCAAGAAGACAAACAAUGCAUUGACAGUUUUACACAGGAUGCUGCCAAGGAUCUUAAGAAUCAUUCCUCUGCUGACCAAAAGUUUAUUAUUGAUACUUUGUAUGGAUGUAUCAUGCGCAAAAAGCUUUUGGAUGUUGUGGUCAACAUCUUUUACAUGCACCAUGGACAAAUUCUAUUCAGAGUGGACCGAAACCUGUUCAGUGUUGUUUGUUAUCUUGCAAUCUUCCAUCUUGAUGAUCUUGGCCUGGAUCAUUUCAGUAGAAUUAUCAAGUCUCUAGACAUCUCAAAAAUGCACAAAUUCCUGAGUUUUUUCUUUAACGUCAACAACCUCACAACACAUAUCCAGAGGGAAUGGAGCCACAUCUAUGAUGUUGCCAUCGUAGAUAAUAACUGGAUCACCCCACUGCUGAGAUGGUGCAGUGAGAUCGAGGUGCUGCUGGAUCAGCUUGCCAGAAAAAUGGGCAGAGGAAAUCUGCCGAAAAAGUCUCCCAGGAAAAACACAGAACCCAGGGAAUUUGAUCUGACCCAGCCCAAAGCUCGACCGCUCCCUGCUCCUGAAGUCAUUCCACAGCAAGACAAGUUCAAGCCGGUACCAGUCACAACUCACAGAUCUCCAAAGGAACCAGAGAUUCUGGAUGAGAUGAGGCAGAGGAACCGACAAAAAGCUUUAAAAGUCCUGAAUGAAGCAAACUCUCAGCAAUUCAGCUGUGCAAACCCACAGAAGUCUGAGAAAACUCAAAACGUAAUAUCCCAGAUUCUUCAAAGCAAUGAUGCAGACCUCAAAUUUGACCAGAUUUAUACUUCUGGCAGCCCUGCUGCCACCCUAAAGGCAAACAGCUUACCUGUCAGACUGAACACAACAGCCAUUCUGCGAGAGGCAGCUUUAUAUAAUCGUCAACUGGAAGAAGAGGUACAAAGAUUCGAGCGAUUGUCACAGGGUGCAAGCGAGCCAUCUGCGUACCUGCAGUGGCAGAAGGAGAUGAAGGAGAAGGAUCUACAGGAGGAACUUGCUGAACUGGAGCGCCGAAGACUGGAGGGGCGGAUCAGCCAUGAAGAGGCCGUUCUUGCACGAGAGCGCGUCUUGGAGCGUAACCACCAUAAUGCUCAGCAGACUAAAGAGGAGACUGAACACCUCAUGCGCAAGUAUGCAGAGAAACGUCUGAAGGAGGAAAAGGAAAUGAGAGAGCUUGUGCAACAAGUGGCAGAUGGUCACAAGAACUCCAAAGCCGCCAAAGCUCAGCUACAAGAAAUCAAACAACGGAUAGUUAAGGAAGUCUCAGAGCAGAGCAGGGAACUCCUCAGCCAGGCUCUGGAAGAAGCUCAGGCCGAGCUGAGCCGGAAGAUGGAGCUCAUCCGUCAGAUUCGUGCUUUUGAGACAGUCUCUCUGGUCAGACAAAACUUUGUGGAUGACACUGAGACUGCAGGUCAUGAUUUGCUGUGUGAGAUGUCUCUGGCGGAGCUGCGGGAGCGUUUGGCACUCCUGAGAGAGUCGGAACAGUCUGAACUGGAGGACAGAAGACAGCAGAUCUUACAGGAGAAACAACUCAAAGAGCAGCUACUACUAGAACAGCUGGACAAUAUCGCCCUACGCAGAAGUCUGGCAGAACAUGCUGCUUCUCGCAGUCAAGAAGAGAAAAGGAGGAGAAGUGAACUGCGGGAGGCUGUGAGUAGAGAUGAGAGAGUGCUGGCCCUACAGAAGACUCUGGAGCAAAAACAACAGGAAAGACAGAAGAGAAAGACUGAAAAAAACACUAUGAAGAAAAAUGAACAGGUGAACAGUCCACUCACGGUGAAGACCUCCCUCAAAAAGCAGCAGGUUCUUGAGGAAAAGCACUGGCAGGAGUUGGAACGCAAUUUGGAACAACAAAUUCAUGGGGCCUUCGAGCAAUCAUCUAAAAAAAAUGGCGCUGGUCAGAACCACAGGCGAGUUUUCUGAUGCCUCAUUACCAUUGCAAUAUAAAAAAGUAGAAGCAAUUGAUAUUGUAAAAAUAUAUAGUAAUACUUGGCAUAAAGCUUUUUUUUUUAGCUUCGGCUGGAGUUACUAAAGAAUUUGGGAUGAUGUUAUGAAAAGCAAUUUUACGGUUAAGUGAACAAUGUUUUGAGUAUGUAAAUUUAACAGAAUGAUUGCAUGAUUUCUUUCUAUAAUGAAAUAUUUAUAAUCAAAAUACUACACAGAAAAAAGUGCCUUCUCUGUAUUGCACAUGUGCAUAUACUAAGUAAGGACAACAGAAUAAAUCAGUUUAGUACAACUUUUUAAUGUUGUUCUAUUUCAUUUUAGCAGAGUUACCGCAAAUAUCUUUUCCAUUUACAUUGAUGCCCAGAAAAAAAAAGUAAUGCCUAAUGAAGAGUGAAUUACUAAAACAACUGAAAAAGAACAUGUUAAUCCAAAAGAAACAAUGUAUUGCACAAAAAUACCAUAACAUGAAUUAUCUUGAACAGCAGCAUUUAGUGGAAUGCAUUGUGAGCUACUUUACCAUUCAGAUGUAUACAUAAAGAUAUUAAACAAAAAUCACACAUUUACCCCAACAAAACAUUUUCAUACACACUAUAACCUACAUAGUGUUCCAUAUAGUGCUCAGACCUUAUAAACAUGUUAAACUACCGGUACUUGAUUCAACACAACAGUAUGAAGAUUAAACCCUUAGUGUCUAACAUGAAAAAUGUAAAAUGUUAACUAUUCAAAAGUAUAAAAUCAUUAAGUCAAAAAUAUAUAUCCAGUUCCUGCUGCAUCUAAACCUACUGAUACUUUUU